AUGGCACCAGCAUUUGAAUUCAAGGAACCAGAAUCACUCAUUUGUGAAGUCCACUCUGAGAGCACACUGCCAUUUAUUAGUUAUCUGGUUCAGUGCAAACAGAAUGAACUGAGCGGUUCCAAAGAAAUCUUCCAGGAUGUCAAGUCCAGUAUCGGUGACGCUGAUCGCCCCAUCCCUGAUGAGUCUGAACAGUUGGAAGAUGUUCUGAUCGGCCUGAUCAAGAACGGCCCAAGCGGUUCGGGGCAUAAGAUACCCGGAAGCCCGACUGCAACUGGUGUGUCUGGCCUCUGUGCUGGAUACGAGCUGAAAAGGGCUGGGUUCGAUGUCACCAUCCUUGAAGCCUCUUCCCGAGUCGGCGGUCGUGUCAAAACCUUUCGAGAGCCUACUUUUGCUCAUGGGCUACACGGUGAAGGCGGUGCUAUGCGCAUUCCACAAAACCAUUUCUUGCUGCACCAGUACAUCAAGGAUUUCGGGCUUGAGUCACAACUCUUUGAAUUCGAGAUGGAAAACAAGUUCAUCUAUGUUUCUGGUUACGAGAAAACACUGACUUAUCCGGAGUUCAACGAUCUUUUGAAAAAUAUGGAUACGAAGUUGCUGUCUCUUUUCCCAGGCCUCCGCAAUUCUGAGAUGGGCAAGACUUGCGAUGAGCUCUUCACCGAUGCUGUAGAGCCGGUUGUGGACGCAUUUUGGAAGGCUUAUGGACCUGUUAAGGGCCCCCUGACUGCCGAAACUAUCGAUGUUGAGGCUAUCAAGCGGGCAUACGCGAGUAUCACUAAGGACUAUGACAAGUACUCACUUCGAUCGUACUUGACUGAUGUUGCUGAGUGGACAGAGGAUGCUUUGAAUCUUUAUGACCUUGGAAAUGCCCACGUUGUCUUUGAGAACGGUUUUAUCGAGUCUUUUAAAGACGCAUUUCUCUCCAGCAACAAAGGUGGCAAACAGGCUGGGAUGCAGCAACUCCAGGAUGGAAUGGAUGCUGUUCCUAAUGCAUUUGUCUCUAUCGACAGAGGAGAAGAUUCGUUGGUUGACAACAUCAUUUAUGGUGCUCGAGUCACUAAGAUCGGGAUUGAUGAAAAACAAUCACCAGGCAUCCCCACUCAAGCUCCAGUCAAAAUAACUUAUGAAGCCACCGCCAACGGCUUGAGGAAGUCCAUCACGUCGGACUACCUUGUUCUUGCCAUUCCGUACACUGCGCAACGAACCAUUGCCAAAACCCGACCAUUCGUUCCCCGGCAGGAGAUGGCAGUUCGCGACGUCCGUUAUGUCGAGGUGACCAAGGUUCUACUCCAGUACAAGAAACGAUGGUGGGAGAAGAUCUUCGAAAGUGCUGGUAAAGGUAAAGAUGGAGGCCUUGUCAGCGACCUUCCUAUUCGAUACACGAUGUUCCCAAAGACAGAUGGGAAUGAUCAAUUCAAGCAUUCUAAUCGUGGCGUUGUGAUGGCUGCAUACACUUUUGAGCAGGAUGCGACCAUCCUCGGGGCUCUAUCACCUGAUCGCCGAAUCCAGAUAGCAGCUGAGAAUCUCAACAGGAUCUUUCCCGAAGCUAACUCACUGGAACUCCUUGAGGCUGGGGCAUCGCAAGUUUUCCCAGCUGACGAACUUUCUGGUGGAAGUGCCUUCUGUUACUUUGGCCCCAUGCAAAAGACAAAGUUCCUAGAGACUAUGCAAAACUCGGACUGGGAGGAUAGAGUUUUCUUCGCAGGAGAGCAAGCAAGCUUUACACACGGAUGGAUUCAGGGUGCCUUUGAAGCUGGGCUCCGCUGUGUACAGCAAAUUUGGGCUGUUGCGUCUCAAGGCAAAGCUCAGGAUCGUCUCUAA